UUAGGACAAGUGAAGUAGUAGACCAAGACAAGAUGGCCAGGUGGGUGACUGUGUCCAAGUUACUUCACCACAUUAAUGGACAAACCCGGAGAUGUCACUCUUCGGUACUGACAAGUGGAAGGAAGUAUGAUGCCAUUAUUGUAGGAGGAGGUCACAAUGGACUUGUUGCAGCAUUUUACUUGGCAAAGGCAGGGAAAAGUGUGUGUGUGCUGGAGCGACGGCACAUACUAGGUGGAGCAGCUGUGACUGAAGAGAUUAUUCCUGGAUUUAAAUUUUCUAGAGCAUCAUAUGUUCUAGGGUUACUGAGACCAAAAGUGUAUGAUGACUUGGAGCUCAAACGCCGCGGCUUGAAGGUGUAUCCUCGAGACCCAAGUUCGUAUACACCCCUGCACGAGAGGAACUGGCAGAGUGGUUAUGGAAAAUCACUAAUACUUGGACCACAUGAAGAUCAGAAUUACCAGCAGAUAGCACAGUUCUCAAAGAAGGAUGCAGAGAUGAUGCCACAGCUUGAAUCACUGCUGGGUAGAUUUGCAGAAGCCCUUGAUCAUCUACUUGACUGUCCUCCUCCAGAUAUUAAAAAGUUUUUCUCAACAGGACUUGCUGGAAAAGCCAAACAACUUUCCACUGUUGGCCCACUUGUAAAGGCUGCUUCUAUUCUGGGGAAAGACUUUCCUCAGUUUUAUGAGCUGAUGACAGCACCCACUACCAAGAUCCUAGACCGAUGGUUGGAGUCGGAGCCACUCAAGGCCACAUUAGCCACAGAUAGUGUUAUUGGGGCGAUGAUGAGCCCAAACACCCCAGGCAGCGGAUAUGUGUUGCUUCACCAUGUGAUGGCUCAGAUGUCUGGAGUGCGAGGUGCUUGGGGUUAUCCUGAAGGAGGUAUGGGAGCAGUUACUCAAUUCAUGGCACAAGCAGCCAGUGAAACAGGAGCACACCUCUUUACUAACCAGCCUGUAAAAAUUAUACUACUGGGAGACAAGAAUGAAGCUGUAGGUGUCGAGACAGAGGAUGGCUCUCGACUAUAUGCCAAGACAGUUCUUUCCAAUGCAACUGCAGACACUACCUUUCUCAAGCUUUUACCAGCGGGUUCAUUACCUUCAGACUUUGAGGCAUCAAUCAGAAAUAUUGACUACACAUCCCCUGUUUGUAAAAUUAAUGUUGCUGUGAAGUCUCUACCCGACUUUAAAGCAAACCCUAAUAAUAGAAAAGAUACAGUCAUGCCUCACCACCGCUGUACCAUCCACUUGAACUGUGAGAAAACACAACUGUUAGAGGAAGCAUUCAGGCAAGCCUCUGCAGGUCUCAUACCAGACAACCCCAUGAUAGAAAUGACACUUCCGAGCAGCUGUGACCCUACCUUAGCACCUCCUGGGUGCCAUGUGGCACUUUUUUUCACCCAGUAUGUUCCUUAUACUCGCGCUGAUGGCCGCUCAUGGAAUGAGGAGACCAAAACUGAGUAUGGUAACAAGAUUUUUAAUAUAGUGGAGGAAUAUGCACCAGGCUUCAAAGAGAGCAUAAUUGGAUAUGAAGUGUUGCCACCACCAGAACUGGAGCGAGUGUUUGGGCUAACUGGAGGGAAUAUUUUCCAUGGUAGUAUGUCACUGGAUCAGUUGUUCAUAUCACGACCAUCACCCACACAGCCAAGUCCUUUCACACCCAUUGAUGGCCUCUUGUUGUGUGGUUCUGGAGCACACCCAGGAGGAGGAGUAAUGGGGGCCCCUGGUCGCCUUGCUGCUCUUUCUUCUUGAGUAUGUAAGUGUGGUGGUAUGUACUGUAUUUCUUCUUGGUCAUUUGUUAGCAGACUGAUUUACAAAUUAUCCCAACUACAGUACAGUACUGUCUUCGACAUAAUUAUGCAUAGUUUAAUUAAAAUUUUCUGAAAUUAAGAAAUUUUAUUAAUUGAUUUCAUAUUUUUUUAGUAAGGUAGAAGAUAAUUAUUUUUUAUGGGUUUUUACAUGUAAGUUUCAGAGUAGAUGUGUCAUAAAGGAGCAGGAGGAUGAUCUGUUAGUAGUUAUCUAGAUGCAUAUAGUGACACUUACUCUGUAGGUAUUUAUUUAUGCCCACAUGUCUGUACAGUAAACCCUUCCAAUACUGGACUAAUUCACUCAGCCAGUCCCUUAAUGGGAGGGCCACCCCCCCCCCCUCCUCCAGGUAUACAGAAAUAAUAACAGUAGAUAAAGAUUUCACACUUCAUUCUCAACCAUCAAAGGCACAUCUUAUAUGGUACAGGUAUCCCUCGUUUAACAAUCGUUCACUUGGCAAUUAAAAAUUUUUAACACCUUUCUCACUUAACGAUUGUAAAUUUUCGGUUUAACAAUCUUUGACUCACUGGGGAAAAUUCAAGAGGGAAGGUGAAAUAACCGGGAAGUCGUGUGCAUCUCUACUGACAUUUCUUUACACUACCCGCGUGCCAUGUACUACUAAGUGUUUACCACCUAUCAUUUGAUCGUUGUCUUCCGUGUUGCGCUGAUAUUACUAAAUACAUUAUCAAUUGCUGUGCAUUGCUGUUUUUGUUGCAACUUUUAUGGGAUAUUGAGUACUAUACAGACUGUUCAUAAACCCGGUACUAAUGUGAUAAUUUGUAAAGUGGUAAUUUUGUGAUAAUGUUGGGUGCCUAUCACCAAGUUCUUCAAGCCAAAGACGCCACAGUCAUCACUCCCGCACCUAUCAGGCGUCACCCUCUUCAAGCCUAAAGCUCUCAUCCUGCCACCCACCCAAGACAAUGCAGACUCUCCAGCCUCAUUUCCACGUCUGAGUGAUGUGCCAGCCUGAGAGAGGACACAUGGUGACUUUACUGUCUGCUUCUUGAUGUGGACUUGGUUAGUUCUUUAUUUUUGUGUACUGUAGUGUAUUAUUAUAGCAAAUUGUACAUAUUUUCCCUCGUUUUGCCAUUUAGCAAUCGUUUCAUCACGAGACAGCAAACAGCUGGAAGA